GGGAUUACAAUUUGCAGGCCGUUGAAAUAUUGAAAAGAAGAAGAAGAAAUCCCAUCUCCACCCCUGCAGUAUCAAGGCCGGGUGAUAUUUAUUCGAGACAUAGAGUGUACGACCGUUCAUUCAAAACCCCUUCUUACUUUCCUCCAUAUUCUGGGAACAGACUGGUUCAUCUAUCUUCUAACUUCUAACUUCCAUCUUCUAACUCCUAACCCUUUUCUAAUAAUAUUGCAUUUUGCGUUUGUUUACUGCCAGCCACCACCCAUAAGUACGACGAUACUGCCAGACUGCGAGACCGUACAUCGCGUGUGUUACGGUGGCUUCUUUCACUUACUCGAUCCAAUCCAAUACCUGAACCAGUACAAGACAAGCACCAGUGCACGGCAGAUGUAAUAUACCAACAGCUGGCCCUCAAUGCCUUAUUCGAUUCACCACUUGACCAGCUGAGAUUCAAUACUCAUAAAAACUAGUGUCUCUUCUCCUAAUUUUAAAUACUUGGGGAGACGCAAUUGGAUACACCUUCCUUCUUCCGCAUAGUUAGCAGAUCAUUGCAACUAGUUUGUGGCAAUUACUUCAUACUGGGGCUUGGAUUGUAGCUCCUUCUGCCUUGGUUAUAUCGAUUUAACUUUCAAGCACAAGUUCAAGAGCCAUCGGCUCUAUAAAACUCGUCAACAUGUCUAACAUAAAAAACCUUCGUGCAAUGUUCGAACAAAACAACAAGGAGGCUUCAGUGUCACCGCCAGAUAGAGGUCGUUCUUCAGGAGAAUAUACAUUAUUCUCACCAGGAAGUAGCACAACACCCCCGAGGCCACUAUCGAAAGUCAGAACGAGUUUUGUGACUGUUGAACGAGGCGCACAACAAGCCGGUCAGGCAAUACAACUUGGUCUCAAGAGACAAGAUAGCAAUAGUGAACCCAGCAUGGCGAGCGGUGGCAGUAUGGCAAGGAGGAGGACGAGUUUCAGUCUAGAUGAACAAUCUCAUCCAAAGGAGACUGAAGAGAGAAAGAAGUCAAUAUCAGAAGAGUUCGAGGCAAGAAAGGCCAGUAUCAUGGUUGAUGAACUCAUUCCCGAGUCUGCCCUGGCAGAAACUCCCGCUCUCGAAGUCAGCAAGCAAAUCGGGGAUCCGGAACCUACCAAACAAACAAUUCCUGAACGUGGUCGAGAAUUGGCGGAGCCAGCAGAGAUCAAGGAGAAUCCAAAGAAGUCCGACGAGGAACCAAAACCAGUGAAUACAAGCCCUCCUGCAACCAAAGCAAACAAAAGCCCGACAUCGAAAACGGGUCCUUCGAAGACCAAUGCAACUGCGAAGGCCUCGGACAAAACUACAAGAAACAAGUCUGCAACGCGGCCUGCACCCAUAUCUACAGCUAAAUCAUCCACCACUCCAAAAAUUUCUCCAAGAGUAUCAUCCCCUCCAAAAUCUUCCAAACAAGCUCCAAGGACACCAACAACGCCUACAGGUCCUGGGAAGGAUGGAAAGCUGCAGAAGAGCAAAACACCAGAGAGAAAACCAGUAGUUACAGCAAAGACUCCAGAUAAGAAGCCGGCCAAGAAGACCAGCAGCAACUCGCUGGCCCCCUCAGGUGGUGCGCGAGCUUCAAGUAAGCCAAGAUCGGCCAGUCGACCAGCUGUCAAGACCAGGAUCCCACCAUCGCCUCCACAAAGUGGGCUCAGCAAACCCAAGGCUAGGUCACCCACAAGGCCAGUGCAGCUUCCAGCUUCGCUACUUGCCCCAACAGCUUCUUCUGGCUCGAAAGGUGCUACCUCGACAGCACCUGCCAGACAAACCCAGAGUCGUGCAUCUGGAGCUAUUAAGAGCGAAACUGCACCACGUUCUCAAAGCCGUGCUGGAAGUGCACCUAAGUCAUCCGGCACCACGGCAAAAGCAUCGCACCCACCAGUCGCACGUAGUGCUUCGCAAGUGAAGAAAGCAACCACUAGACCAUCGCUCGGGACAUCUUCAACCCUACAAAGAAAGACUUCAGCAGGAAGUUUACCGCCUGCUUCAGCACCAUUGGCCGAGGAUGGGUUUUUGUCGCGUAUGAUGAGGCCUACAGCUUCUUCUGCAUCCAAGUCGACUGAUAAAUCUCCUCCGCCGAAGCGAUCGCUAUCUACAAAGCGACCAUCCAGCAGUCUCGGUCACUCCAAGGUUCGUGAUGCUAAGACUGCUUCUCAAGCAAUUCAAAAGGCGACCAGGCCUAUCACAACUAAGGCGGCUGUUGCAAAGUCCACGGCCCCUGCUACCAAAACAGGUGCCAAAACAGUGCCAAAAAAGAAGUCGGCAGAUCUACCCAAGCAAGAAGCUAAGCAACAAACUAAGGAAGCAGAAUCACCAAAGGUAGAGGCCACUCCUAUGGAAUCAGAUGUUCCAUCAGCUGGAGAUGUAACAACUGAAAAGUCUGAGGAGACCAUUGUCCAACCUGUGGUUGAAGAAACAGUGGUCGAAGAAAAGGCUACUGCAGCCCCAGUAGUUGAGGAGGAGAAAAUCGAAGCUCCCAUCGCUCAAACAGAGGCUGCCGUUGCUGAAGAACCAAAGGAGGAGGUUGAAGCCGUCGUUGUCCCAGAGCCAAAGGAGGAAGUUGAAGCCGUCGUUGUCCCAGAGCCAAAGGAGGAAGUUGUGGUCUCAGAGCCUGUAGUUGAUGAGGCAGCCCCAUCUCCGGAAUUAGUUGUCGCCGAGCAGCCAAGCACACCAUCUAAUGAAACUGAAGCCGAGACUGAACAAAUUCAAGACGCGCCUUCAUCUGAUGAACCAUCAAAAGUCAAUGCUCAAGUUGCAGCCAACCCAGAAGAUGAUGAGGACCCUGAGGAUGCUGCUGCUAGAGCAGAGAUUGCUAGAAUCAAUGCGGAGAUGAUGGCUGCUUUGAACAGUUCCGAGUAAAGGGAUCCUUUGAUUCUUUGAAUUGGGACAGGAACAUUGUGGAUAUAAUGUAUGUCAGUGACUUAGCCAAUGAGAUUGAGCUGAAGUCAUGUAUAGGCUGUUGCGCUGUUGUGUUUACGCUGGGUCGAACAACGGAGAGUGGUUUGGAGGACAGUUACAGAGGAAUGUUGAGAGAAUCGUAUGCAUUGCUUGAUACCUAGUUACGGGAAUUUCAUGCAUCAGUAGGUGUUUGCAUUCGUUGCAAUGUAUGUAGUAGCUUCGGCUUUGUUGUGCAGAUAUUUUAGGGGAAUGGAAGGUCGGUUUAUCACAGCGCUGAGUACAGAGAUAUCAAUUUGGGAAAUGAAAAAAAGAUAAAAAUUUGGUAAAUUCGUUUCUCGCGAUGUUGCCUGCUGGUGACUACGGAGGUGAGGUGAGAACGCUGUAGGGUCUUUGGGGGAGCUGUAUUGUUCCAGAUACGUGCGAUAAUUGAGAAGUAAUACUCCCGAGUCCCA